CUAAAUGACAGUGCGGACAACGAGCCUGAUUUCACAUUCUGCAGCGCCGAGCUACCGAUGGACUAUCGAUCCGACUGGAUUUGUGAGCUUGCUCUUGAGAAUUCCGGUCGUAUUAUGUCUGCAAGUGAAUGCGACAAUGACUAUUUGACCCUCGAAAGUGUUCAAUACAUCUUCACAGUCUGUGUUCGCCUGCGACUUCCACACGAUAUACGUUACUUAGCUGUUUUGAUUUUUGCAAGAUUCAUGCGAAUUCAUAGCGUGCAAGUGUUCGGUUUCUUAAGCAGUCUAAGACUGAGUGAAAAGCGUCGACUUCACGAAUGGGAAAAAGUAGAAGCCAACCUGUCCAGACAGACGACUCUUCGGAUGCUCUCUUCUAUACAGAUCGCUUCAAAAGCGCUCAGUUACCAUGAUGUGAGUUUCUGGGUUUCAUUUUUAGCAGCUACACUGGGAAAGAUGGCAGUUGUAGAGCUUAUCUUCAAAACAAGUGUGCUCUUGCUUGCGUUCACUUGGGUUCGCCUACACACAGCAAGCAGCUUUGAAGUCAGAACUGCGUAUCCUGAAGACCUUAAAUUUCCGUUUACCCACUUCUCCGCUCCUGUAUUCGGAAACUCUUCUGAAGUCUGUUGGAUGUUUCUGGCCAGAUGUCGACUACAAGUCCAUUUGGGAGCAUAUUUUAUUGUUCCUGGAUGUGGUUUUCUUGCAUCACGAUCAGGUAUGUUUCCCUUUAGUUCCUCUGUAUUGCAGAACGCUUAA